AUGUAAUAAUAGACCUAAAAAUCUUCUAAUCAAUCCAAUGAGAAAAAGACUAAUAAAAUAGGUAAGCCAAAGGGAAUGAAUUCUUCAAAACCAUUAGAGAAAACUAAUGCUUGGAGUUCUAACUAAUAGAGCACAUAAGCUAUUUAAACUCUUUCUCGGCUUGGAAGAUUUAUUUGUUUUUAACAAACAGGAACAAAAAAGCCAGUUUAAGAUUAGAAUAUGUAAAUUAAAGGAAAAAAGAAACAAAACUAACAAGAGAUACCUGGGAUAUUUCUUAAUAAUAUUGAAAUACAAAUAGCAAAACUCAUAGGUGAUUAUUGUCUAGUUACACAAAAUUCUAAUAAAAAUUGUAUUGUUUUCUUUUUUAGCUCUACUCAUCCUGAAUUUUAGAUUAUAGAUGGUGUUCCAGUUCUGAUAAAUAACUAUGAAAUUUAUGGAAAUUAUCCUCCUUUAUAAAAAUUAGCGCCAAUGUUAAAUUAAAAAUUUUUAAAUGAAUACCAUUAGUAUUUGCGAUAUCAGGAUGGUUUAUUGUAAGUAUUUAACCUUCAUAACUUUUUUCAUGAAAACAAUAAUAAGAAUUUAAAGGAUGCUGAGACUAUUUUGCAAAGUCUUUUUACUAAAUAUUUAAUCUAAUUCUAAAAUGACACAGAUUUACUAGAAAAAAAAAAAUUUGAAUAAAAGGUAGAGACUUAUUAUCAAGAAUUUUACAAUAAACCAUCAACAAAACUAGAUUAUGAAACAUAUGUCAAUGAAUUAUUGGCAUGCAUGUAGAUAGAUGAUGAAGAUGAUUGUUAAUAUAAAUAAGAUUGA